AUGAACAAAUCAAAUUUAUAUGAAAUUAAUUGCAUAGAGUGUUAACAAUCAUACACUUAAGAUUAAGCAAUUCUUUUAAAAUGCGGCCAUACAAUGCAUCCAUUUUGUUUGGAAAACAAGUAUUGUCCAAUAUGUUAAAAUAUCUCAGCUUAAUCAAGUAUAUCUAAGAAUAUAAUUAAUAGUGCUUGAAAGUAUAGGAAUAGAAGAAUUAAAGAAAUCUAUCUUAAAAUCUAAAGUGGAUAAUUAAUAAUUGUAAUUAUUGAAAAAUGUUGAUGAUAUAGAUUUGGAAGAUAAUUUUAUAUAAUCAACUACUUAAGAUGAUAAAGAAAUAAUAGAAUUAAGAUUAUUAAAUAAAAUGGAUAUAUAUGAUUAAUUAACUGAUUCUGCAUUGCAAUAGGUAUUCAAUUGUAAUAAUUGUAGUACAAUUCUUUUUUAGAUUAAUAUUUUUGA